GAGAUGUUAGCCCAAAGUCUUCACCGUGUCGCUUUCAGUAGUAAUUUAAUUCCUGAAAUGUUAGCAAAAUUUGGUACAAAAAGUAAAAAACUUGUAAUUGAUUUUUCUUCUCCAAACAUUGCAAAAACCUUUCAUAUGGGAAAUUUAAGAUCAACACUUUAUGGAAAUUUUAUACAAAAAAUUUGUCGUUUGGCUGGACACGAGGUUGUUUCAAUUAAUUAUUUGGGUGAUUGGGGACCUCAAUUUUCUAUGCUUGCAUUUUAUUGGCUGGCUGUUAUGGAUGGAAAAGAGGGAAGAAUAAAAAGGCCUGAAACUGAAGAAUGGAUUGAAAUGAAUGAAAAAAAGAAAGUUGAAUUGUUAACGAGUUCGUAUGCGGCUGCUCAUAGAAUGUCUAAAUUAAAUGCAUCAUUUAGUUCAAGGUCCCGUCAAUUAUUUCUUGAAAUGGAAAAAAUAAAAAUUAAUGAAGGAGGCAAUGAACAAAAUACUUCGUCUUCACAAGCUUUUGAAGCAUUAAAUCUUUUAAAAGAAUGGCGUGAAAUUUCUUGUAUUUAUUUAAAAGAUUUAUAUUCACGUUUUGGAGUAAAUUUUGAUGUUUGGGAUGGAGAAUCUAAUUACAUUUUGAAAGGAGCUAAAUUGGUUGAUGAAAUGAUUUUGGAAGGAAAGUGUGUACGUUUUCCUGCAGAAGAUGAAUGUUGGGGAAUUGUUAAUAUCGAUCCUGGAUUGUCAAGAAUUCCUUUAAGAAGAAUUGAUGGAGCAAAUUUAUAUUUAAAUAGAGAAUUGGCUUCAAUUUAUGAUAGACAAAAUAAAUAUAAUGCAGAUAAAUAUAUUUAUGUUGUAGACAAAUCACAAGCAAAUCAUUUUGCCCAUUUAAGAGCUCUUUUAAAAAUGAGAGGAGAUUCUGAUUUGGCUGAAAAAAUUAUUCAUCAUUCUUAUGGUUUUUUUAUAAAAAUUAUUAUUUCUUUAAAAAAUAUAUUAAAAGGUAAAGUAAUUGGUUUAUCUACAAGAGAAGGAAAAAAUGAUUCUGUUGAUUAUUUAAUUUCUGAAGGUAAUUCAGAAUCUGAUGCUUAUAUUAAAAAAUCUUAUACAAGAAAAAGUACUGAAGAAGAAAAAGAAGUUUUGUGUCAAUUACUUACUCAAAAUCAAUUAGCAUUUUCAAUUAUUUGUAGAGCAAAACAUUCGGAUUUUAAUUUUUCUUUUAAAGGAGCUUUUCUUCCAGAAGGGACAAAUUCUUUAAUUUUAUUGGAAAAAUAUUCUCGUUUAAAUUCUCUUGAAAAGGCUAAUUUAGAACAUUUGGAAAAAUUAAAAAAUUUAAGUGAAAUUGAUUUAAUGAAAAUGCAACCGGAAAUUGGGGAAAAUGGACGAAAAUUGGCAAGAAUGAUUCUUGAAUUUGAUACUGUUCGUCUUUCAAAUAAAAUUGGACAAACAUUGCCCUCUCUAAGGAUUUUAGGAGAACCUUUAAUUAAUGCUUUACCUAGAAUGUUACUUUUUACUGCAGCUAAAAAAGUUUUGGGAGAAGGAAUGAAGUUAAUUGGUAUAGAGCCUAUUGAAAGAAUUUAA